CAAUAACAAGAUAUUAAACAUAAACUUCAUUGGUUAAAUCCACAACAAUAUACAAACCAACCACAUCAUUGGUGUUCUGGAUUUACUAACAAUUGCUCUGGAAAAUAGACACUACAACACCAAAUAAAGAUAAUGUACGUAAGGUGGUGAUAAAGAGGUCCAAAAAUGCUUCGAAACAGAAACAGAGAAGGAAAAAAACACCAUGAUUUCAUUGCAAUCCAUACAAACAACCACCUUCACUACAUCAACAAAGCAUGAUUUCUUCUACCGAACAGAUCCACCCAUCAAGAACCACCACCACUCACGGCUGUUCUUACGCAAAUCCAAAAACUCCGAUGAAAAUCCCAAUACCACCUCCGACGAAGGCGAUUCCAAAAAGCAGGAGCUUCUAGUGAGAAUCGCAAUGCUUCAAGCCCAAAAAGUCCGUCUCACCGAUUUCUUAGAUGAACGAUCCGAUUAUCUUACGCAAUUUGCAGAAGAAGCCAACGCCGAGUUUGAUCAAGUCGGCGAAAACGCACGCAAGGAGCUCGAAGAAGCCAGUCUUAGGAUAAUGGGGAAUAUCGAGAGCCAAAUGCAAGCUUUUGAAGAAUCGGCGGAAUCAAGCAAGCUGGAGAUAGAGGAGAAUCAAAAGAAGUUAGACGAAUUUGAAGUUCGAUUCGAGAAUGAAAGAAACGAAGGAUUGUUCUUCAAGAAUUUGGGUCAAACAUCUCUUUAA